AUGUGUUGUGCGGGGGAAUGGGGUCUCUUCCUCCGAGGCAGCCAAAGAACGAGCGUUGCGGGGAACCUCCCCAAUGAGGAGCUGAGAGGAUGCGCAAGGGGCAGUGUGUCGGCACGAAAGCCUUCAAAACAAGAGUUGUAUUCAAAAAGAUGGAAGAAACACCACACCGGCCCUGUUGGUGGUAGUACAGCAGCAGAAGUGCUGGCUAAAAGCUGGGCGAAAAUCCCUGAAGCGGUCGUGCAAGGAGGCUUACGAGGAAGAAAGGCAGAAGCCUUUGCCACCAUGGAGGCUGCUCUUUCUGCUUCUUUUUUUGAGGAGAUCGAUCCUGUGGCCCUUCCCAAGAAGUUCGCCUUGUCAGAGCAGACGGAAGGCGGCAUGGGAGCUGCGCGGCGCUUACGGAGGGUGCAGAGAUCUGGUGGGAGCGGAGGGGAUUUAGUGAGCGAGGGAGGGAGGGGACCUCCUUCGAAGCGAGUUCGAGGUGUAGGCAGUGGCGGAGAUGCAGGUGCCACAGAAGACGCAACAGGAGGCGAGGAGGAGCGUUGGCGCUUGCUGCAACAGCUGUCUCAGGUGCUGCCUGCUGCGGUGUCGUUCCUGCCAGAUGACGCGGCUGAUCUUUCCUCGUCGGGAUCCUUAGGGGGGGGGGGACUGCCUACAGCUAGCGCCUCCCUCGACUGGGAUGCAUGCAACAGAGCGCUGGAUCGUUUGAUCCACAGCUCCAAGCAGAAAGAAGCGACGGCGCCUGUCGCAGAGGGCGCUUCGGCGUCAAGCAGCUCUGGAUACCUGGGCUUGUUCGAUCUGCCCUUGUCGGGGGGGGGUGCCUCUUCAUCCGAGGAUCUCCUGGGAAGUCGACGCGAUGACGAUCCUGGAGUUGACUCGCUUUGGAACGCUGGAGAAGCCGGUGCUUCUUUUCGUAAAAGUGUGAGCCGCGCUGCAGAUCCUAUGAAGGAGAGACAGCGGAGGGAGCUGCAGCAGAGAAGGACGCUAGACUUGGCGUCUCAAAUUGUGCUUCGAUUUAGAGGCGCACGACGCCCAGGAGUGUUGCAGCUGCUGCACCGUUUUUUUUCCUGCAGCAGCAAGCAAGUUCGAGAUCCGCAGGAGCUUGAGAAGCUGGUGGGCGCGUGCUGCUACAUAAUCGCGAGGCAGCAGGGGGACGAUAUGAGUUUGAACGAUAUUACUGCGCAGCUAGAGCGCCGGCAGGGAACUAAGGGGAGGCAGCGUUGCCGCUGCAUCAGCCGAUGGGUUGUUAAAGUGUGUGGCAAGCUGCAGCUGCGGUGUCUGCCCAGACACCGCGAUGCGGAGGCUCUUGCGUCGAAUGCUUUGCGGCGCAUCUGCAGUCACUUGAAGCUGCUGCUCACGCAGCAGGAGCGGCAGGAGCUGCUGCUUCUGCAGCAUUUGAAGGAUGCUUACAAGCAGUGCCUGCUUCAGCAGGAAGGCGCAGAGACGCCUGGCGGGAGUGGAGGCAGCAGCUCUCUGCAGCGUCAGAAAGAGGGGGGGGGAAGUCUCGCGGAGCUAGAUGAUGAGGAUCUUCUGCGGCUGUUGUUGCAGCAGCAGCAGCAGGAGGAAACAGCGGCGGAGGCAGCUGCCGCGGCUGCAUCUGCAGCGAAUGCCACUGAAGAUCUUCCAGAUGUCGAUGCCUUUUUGCAGCAAUUCGACUUGGACUGUGACGGCGCGAAGAAGACGCAGCACACACUCGAGGACGAGGCGUGGGCUCAGCCUCCGGUGGCUGCAGCAGCAGACAGUGCGAACGGCGAGGUGUUUACUCUUAGUCUUGAGGGAGCGAUUCAAAAGAAACUUGCUGCAGCUGCAGCUCUCACUGCCCCUGGAAAGCGUAGCAGUGCUGCCGCGAAUUCCGCCUCGCGCAGCAGCUCGAGACAGAAUCCUGCAGAGACUUGUGAGGAGGCUGUAGUGUCGGAGGAAGGCAUGGAUGGAGCCGCCUUGGAUGCGCAGAUCCAGCAGCAUGAGUGUGUCUUGAGGCUGUUGCGGCUCUUGCCUAAUGCACAACGCAUCAAGCUAGAUCACUCGAUCUGGCUGCAGAAGCAGCGGAAGGUUGCUCUUCAGCAGCUGUGCGAGCAGUCCGCGCUAGUGGUCAAAUGUGUGGGAUUUCUGCAGCAGCUGACGGCUGCUGCAUUUGCUGCCGCAGCGAAGCGCGGCUCCUUCUCCUUGCCUGCAGUCUCGGCAGGCAGCGGCAGCAGCAGCAGUAGGGGCGGGGAUAGUGCAGACGUAGAAACGCAGACGGCUGCUGAGGCGCAGCAAGCUGUCGUGCCUCUCGAAGAUCCUUUAGAUGAACACUGGAGAGCCUGUGGACGGUGUGACGCGAUUUCAACGGCUGCGAACUUCGUCAUCGUCUUCGAGUGCUUGCAGGUCCCUGUGUUUCAGCGGGUAGUGCUUGAGGCUCUAGAAGUUGAUCGGCGAAGUGUGUAUAAGAGGCGGAGGGAACAGUUGCAGCUCGCCAUCGCCAUCUUCAAGAGAUCUCAAUCGGCGGCUUUAGAGGAGGUUACGAUCAAGACGUUGGGGCCGUUGCUUAUAAAGGCGGUGCAUUGUACGGAGUUGGCGAGCGAAUUGUUGCAGAUUGCGGCGAGUGCGCCUCUUCCAGGCUCUGCCGCUGAAGGGCUUGACGGCAGCGGGGGGAGCGAGGGCAGUCAAAGCUCCUGCGAGAGGUCCUCUUCUGUGGCUGCGUCUUCGAACGAGCACGAGAUGUCGAGAGCAUCGGAAGAGAGGCUCCCCCUGCCGCAGACUUCAAAGGCUGCACGUUCUCAUUCCUCUCCGCGAUCCGCAACAGCCUCGUCGUCGUCGUCGUCGUCGUCGUCAACUCCUCCCGCAGCGUUGGCGUGUUCGCUGAACUCGAAGGGAAAUGUGUACUCGGGGGAUUUGAUCAGCAGCGCUGCAGCUGCAGCGGCACUUCGCGAGCUUGAGGAGGGCGACUUCACCUUCGAAGAGACGCCCAUGGCGCGCGUCGUGUCUCUGCAGUAUGAGCGAACGCAGCAGCGGUGGGUGUGCAAGUGGAGGGAGGGCGUUGGAACGGCUGGCCGCUGGCACAGACGGUGCUUCUCCGUUGUGAAAUACGGCGAGCAAGGUGCCCAUACACUUGCGGCUGCAGUGGCGAAGAGGCUGCGAGACAGACGAAAUCAAGAGGCUAACGGCUUGAAAGCCAGCAGCAAUUCUUGCCUGGGGGGGGGCCCCCCUCCCGCUGCUGCUGCAGGUGCUGCAGGUGCUGCAGGUGCAGGUGUGCCUGCUGUUGCAAGUUCGGAAAGCGGGAGUGUCGCGUCGCAGAGAUGUGCGACGACAGCGGGAUCUAAAGGACGCCCUAAACGCAACGCCGUUGCAGCCGCCUCUCACACGACCACGAACUUGGGGGGGGGAGCAACAGGCGUGCAAGAGCCAGAGUCUGCCUUCUCUCUCUUUGGAGCGAAUGAGAAUCAGCGGGAGUCGCUGCUGCUUGCCUCCCUUCCUCCCGAUCCGAAUCUCUCCACGGUCGUGGCGUCUGCUGCGUACAGCGACGAAAUGGAGCGGCUUGCACAGCUUUUGCACAAAGCAAGACGCAAUCCUGUUCUUGCCAAGUGGUUAGAUGAGAGGGCGCCUCCUCCAGGCCCAGCAGAGCUGCGAGCGGCGGCGCAGUCAAUCGUUCCUUUUCUUGCUCUGCAGACAAGUGGUGGUAGCAGCAGUAAGGAGGCUUCGGCUGGUGCGUCGUCUCAGGCUUUUGGAGUAGAUCGGCAGCCUCUCCCCAGGAGGGGUCGCGUGGCGGGUGCACGGGAGGGUAUGUGA